ACCACCUUCAAUCAAACUUCUUACACCAACAAUUAUGCUAUGGAAGCUCUGAAUGCAGUUGCCCUAAAACCCAUUUCUGUACUCAAACCAGAACCCAAAAAGCACUCAUCUUUCCCCACAAAUCUUCACCUCAAAAUCUCCAAACCCCAUUUCCAUGGCGGAAGCUUGGUCCUUAUAUCAUCCAUUUUCAAUUCCGCUUUUGCCAAAGCCCUAACUUAUGAAGAAGCACUUAAUCAAUCAACAACUUCUUCUGAUUCCUCAUUCUCACCUCCUGAUUUUGAUGUCAGUGGUGUAAUUGACGGCAUAAUCAACUUUGGGGUGGAGAAUCCUGCACUCCUAGCUGCCGGAGCCGCCGUGCUGGCGGUGCCGGUGAUUGUAUCUCAAUUUCUUGGAAAGCCAAAGCCAUGGGGUGUGGAAUCUGCAAAAAGUGCUUAUGAGAAAUUGGGUGACGAUGGAAAUGCUCAAUUGCUUGAUAUCAGGGCUGUUUCAGAAAUCAGGCAAGUGGGUAGUCCAGAUAUUAGGGGUUUGAAGAAGAAACCAAUUAGGGUUUCUUAUAAUGGGGAUGAUAAGACAGGGUUCUUGAAGAAAUUGGGUUUAAAGUUCAAGGAACCAGAGAAUACCACAUUGUUCAUUUUGGACAAAUUCGAUGGGAGUUCUGAACUUGUUGCAGAGUUGGUCACAGUAAACGGCUUCAAAGCUGCUUACGCUAUAAAAGAUGGCGCAGAAGGAUCCCGAGGAUGGAUGAACAGCGGUCUUCCUUGGAUAUUACCUCAAAAAUCAUUCGCUUUUGACUUUAGCGGUGUGACUGAUGCAAUCGAUGGCUUGUUCGGUGACGGUUCUGAUGCUGUAUCCGUAAUUUUUGGCAUUGCUGCAGCAACCGGACUAGGUUUGUUAGCAUUUACCGAGGUUGAAACAAUACUCGAGGUCUUGGGUUCUGCUGCAUUGGUGCAACUUGUCAGCAAGAAGUUACUAUUUGCAGAGGAUCGGAAAAAAACUCUUGAAGAAGUUCAAGAAUUCUUGACCAUAAAAAUCGGACCCAAAGAUCUUCUAGAUGACAUCAAGGAUAUUGGGAAAGCACUUUUACCGUCACCUGUGACCAGCAAAUCAAUUCCUGAAACAACGGCUAGCCAAGAAGCCGUUGUUGCAGCCACUAGCUCUGCCCCACCAAAGAUACAACCCGAAGCAGCAACCCCAGCUGAGCCAGAGAUACCAGUCGAGCCAGAAACACCAGCUGAGCCAGAAACACAAGUCAACUUAGCCGCUACAACCGAAAUCAAAGAAGAAGCAGUUCCUAAACCACGACAGUCACUUUCACCGUACCCUUAUUACCCUGAUCUGAAGCCUCCAACAUCUCCUUCUCCUUCAAGGCCAUAGUUUUUUUGCAACAAUUUGGGAUUCAAGUUCUUCAAGCAUCAAUCUGCAAUGGAACAAGUUUUCAUCUGGGAAUUCCCGGAGUCUAUAUAUAUAUAUAAGGCUUUAAGUGGUUAAGGGCGUUGAUGGUGGCUGUAUCGAGGUUUGUGUUUAUGAAAUAUUGGAUGACGGACUGGUUCAUUGAAACUUGUAUUUGGGUUUGUUUGGAUUCAUUUAGUACAAAUUGUUUUUAUGGUCUUGUAGAUCUUGAAAUAAAAAUGAAACGGGAGUUGAGUCUACUUCA